GGUAGGACCGAGGAGCGCCUUCCGGAAAACCUCCUCCGGCCGCGGGAUUCGGAUUGGCUCGGUCCACGAGGUCAAGACCCUUUCGGCGCCUUCCCCUGACCCGCCCCGCCGUGGUCGCGUUGCUGUAGAGACGCGGGAGCGGGGCGGGGCGGGGGCAUGCUGGCCAGGCGGCUGGGCGCGAGUGGCAGCGCGGGCGCCCGAGCAGCGGCCGGCCCGGGGCGCCCGGGGGCCGGAUGGCGGAGCCCACGCGCGCCGCGGAGCCGGGGAGGUUUGCGCUCCGCUUGCCGCGCUGCAGGGAGGGCGCGGUGCCAGGCGCGAGCGCCCAGAGACCCAAAAAGAAAGCUUUUUAUUUGCUGAGGAUGAAGCCCCUGAAGGAGCCCGCCCCUAACAACAACAACAACGUAUCCUUUGUGAUCCAUUGUCAACUAGGCAAGGAGAUCAAACACAUUUGCAGCAACUGCAGUCGCGGGGAGGACGCCCGGGACGCUGAGGAAGUGGAGAGGCUGGCGGCGAUGCGUUCUGACUCCCUCGUCCCAGGUACCCACACCCCACCCAUCCGGAGGAGAAGUAAGUUUGCCAACCUGGGAAGGAUUUUCAAACCUUGGAAAUGGAGGAAGAAGAAAAGCGAAAAGUUCAAACACACAUCUGCAGCCCUGGAGAGGAAAAUAUCCAUGAGGCAAAGCAGAGAGGAGCUGAUAAAGCGAGGGGUCUUGAAGGAAAUCUAUGAUAAAGAUGGGGAGCUCUCCAUAUCGAAUGAAGAUGACUCCUUGGAAAACGGGCAGUCUCUGAGCGCCAGCCAGCUGUCUCUGCCUGCCCUGUCCGAAAUGGAGCCGGUUCCAAUGCCCAGGGAUCCCUGCUCCUAUGAGGUGCUCCAACCUUCAGACAUCAUGGAUGGGACAGUGUCUGAAGAGAGUCCCUCUGCCAGUGAGUCUGGAGUCCUCCUGUCCCAAGAUCCUUCAGCCAAACCAGUCCUGCUCCUGCCCCCAAAAAAACCUGCUGCUUUCUCUGGAGACCAUGAAGAGACCCCAGUGAAGCAGCUGUCCCUUCUCAAGCAACCCCCUGCCCUGCCUCCCAAACCCACUGCCAGGAUUGCCAACCACUUAACAGAUCCUGGCGCCCCUGUGAAAUUGCCUUGUCUGCCAGUGAAACUGUCGCCUCCGCUACCUCCAAAGAAAGUCAUGAUCUGUAUGCCUGUAGGGGGGCCAGACCUCUCCCUGCCAUCCUACGUGGCUCAGAAGAGUGGCCAGCAGGGCGGGGCCCAGCACCACCACACGGUCCUGCCGUCCCAGAUCCAGCACCAGCUGCAGUAUGGCAGCCUCGGCCCGCAUCUCCCCUCCACCACCGGCUCCCUCCCCAUGCACCCCUCGGGCUGCAGGAUGAUAGACGAGCUGAACAAAACCCUGGCCAUGACCAUGCAGAGGCUGGAAAGCUCUGAGCAGCGGGUCCCCUGUUCCACUUCUUACCACAGCCCUGGUUUGCACUCGGGUGAUGGUGUCACAAAAGCAGGACCUCUGGGCCUUCCGGAAAUAAGACAAGUGCCAACUGUUGUGAUUGAAUGUGAUGACAAUAAAGAAAAUGUGCCUCAUGAAUCAGACUACGAAGACUCUUCUUGCCUGUACACGAGAGAAGAGGAGGAGGAGGAAGAGGACGAGGAUGACGACAGCUCAUUGUAUACCAGCUCCCUUGCCAUGAAGGUGUGCAGAAAGGACUCCUUAGCCAUCAAACUCAGCAACAGGCCCUCCAAGCGAGAGCUAGAAGAAAAGAACAUCCUCCCCAGGCAGACAGAUGAAGAGAGACUGGAGCUGAGGCAGCAGAUUGGCAGCAAGCUCACCAGGCGCCUGAGCCAGAGGCCAACUGCAGAGGAAUUGGAGCAGAGGAACAUUUUGAAACCUCGGAAUGAACAAGAGGAACAAGAGGAGAAAAGAGAGAUCAAGAGGAGGCUAACUCGAAAGCUCAGCCAAAGGCCCACAGUGGAAGAACUUCGGGAAAGGAAGAUCCUCAUCCGCUUUAGCGACUAUGUGGAGGUGGCUGACGCUCAGGACUAUGACCGCAGGGCCGACAAGCCGUGGACCCGCCUCACCGCUGCCGACAAAGCUGCCAUUCGAAAGGAGCUCAAUGAAUUUAAAAGCACUGAAAUGGAAGUUCAUGAAUUGAGUAGACAUUUAACAAGGUUCCACCGACCUUAACCGUCGAAUUCCUCUUGAGUGCUAUGCUGUCUUCAAAACAUAAAUUUAUAAGAACCAUAAGUGCUGGUAUUUAUUCACUUCCCCAUCACGAUGUAAAUCUUCUGAACUGCCUUUUUUAAAAAGAAGAAGAAGAAAAAUAAAAGGAAACACAAUCAGGAUUCUAUUUGUGAAAACACGAUGGUGACUGCUCCGUGGUCAGAGCUGCUGGGACCACUGCUGGUACCGAACUGUAUCCCGUCCCCAGCAGGGCCGAGGGCACCGGCACAGCCUCACUGAAGACUUCCUGGCACUCGGAGCAGCCCUGGUCCUCUGCGGCCAGGCCUGGCAGGUGCCCCAUUCAGUUAGGCUCCAGUGAACCUCUUCCUCGAAAAUGUCUGUCACCUGAGUCCAAAGAAAGCUGAGGCGGUGGGUUUGGCCUGGGGAUGAUCGUGCAAAGUAAAUGAUCUGGUUGGCCUUCUAGACUUGGCCAAACACACUGGCUCCAGGCAUGGCAUCUGGUUUGGGGGCCCCUUAAGAGAAGGAUGUUGAGAGGGAGCACUGUUUUCAGUUGCCCCUGUCCUUUCUCUCCCUUCAGCCAUCAUCCACGCAGUGAACAAAAGGGAAGAGCCCUUUUCCGGGGGAGUCUGGUUGACUGCCGGUCCUGACAGUGUGUGCGCUCCAGGUGUGGAAGGCUGGCACUGAGCACCCGUCCUGUCCCCUCCGACUGAGCUGAGCUGCCUUCCAGGAAGCUCUGGUUUAGAAGGGGAAAGUUGUCAUCUGUUCAGUUCAAACUAAUUGACCCAUCAUAUCAAAAAAGCCAAAUGUCACAGGUGAUCUUACACACACAGCCAGCCACUGCUAAGGUCCUUCUGUGGUGGUCGUGAGUAUGAAUGCAAGGGCGUGCGCCUGUUGAGGGCACAAAGGCUGGAGUAAGAAACUGCUUGGCUAAUGUUCCUCAUUUUCUCUGCGUGCCCCAGGGCCAGUGACUGUAUGGCUUGGAAGUUAAUGGCCUCUGAGUAUAGGACCAGUGCAUGCAGGCCAGGAACCAUUCCUUAAGGACUGGCUUUCCAGUCACUGAUGGACUGGUACUACUUGAUAGCCUUCUAGUCUCCUUUUUUUUGCACUGAAGAGUUUCUAUGGAGAAGCCCCAGGGUUCAGCAUAUCCAGAAUCGUGCAAACAUCAGCCUUGCCUGCAAUGCUGUACCUUCCCGCUCCUGUUAUCCAGAGAGAAUCCUUCCUCUCCCUCAUGAUGCUGGUGAGAGGCAUGAUUACACAUUUGAGAUGUAUUUCUAACUGUCCUCCUCACUUGGGACCACAGGAAAGAGGGCUCUGUUGACAGGGCAACACCGAGGGUAGGAUGUACAGAGAGAGGAAGGACAACUCCCAAACCCUAACAACUAUCUUAAUAAGGCCACUGCAGCUGCUUUCGUUUUGUUUUCCUUCCUGACAGAGCUUGUGGGGCCCUCCAUCGCAAAGCUCUGCCUGGCCUCCUGCAGUGGUCUCAUAGUUACCACGAUCUUUCCAGGUGAUGGCUCGCGCUCCACCACACAUGCCCAGAAUUUAGAAAGAUGCCAGUUUGGCCUUCACAAAAAAAGAGUUAACCACUCCCCACCCUGAACCAUGGGGGAAGCACGUGACUCUUGGGAUGCACACCCAUCAAUGAGGCCAUUUAAUGUUCUGCAGGCAUGAACUGCUCCUGUGGCCAGCAGUAACCCAGGAGUGGUGCAUAUUUUGGGGGGAGCUCAGGGCAGCUUUUGAGGCAGUGGCCAGCAGCUGUGGCAAAGCUAUCAGAUGCUUUCCUCGCACCCCCUGGAGCGAGCCCACCACUGCCCACCCCCAGGAGUCCGCCAUCACUGGGUCCUUUUUUUCUUUGAAUGUUGAAUCUCAAUAGUUACUGCCGUGGGGAGAGGUAUCGUUCAGGGAAAAUGUGGUCAGGAUUUUAGUGUAGCUGUAAACACCGUCUUCCCAAAAGGCUUACUGACAUUUGAAUGUGCAAAUGGUAUGACGAGAUGUAGGGCUCUUUCGUUUCAUUCCUCUAUGGCAGGCACAUGUUCCAGGCGGAGGAGCCUGCCUUGCCAGGGGCUGAGUCUGAGCUUUCUCUAUCUCACAGCUGUGCGGCAGGUGGCCCGCAGCACCUGGCAUGGCAGUCAGGCCUUCCCCUGGCCCAGGAGCGAGUCCUAAGGGAACUCAUUCCACUGCCUGGACUUCUCCUACGAAGGCCAGGGGCUUCUCUGCUGGCCUUGGUUCUUGGGCCUUUCAGAUUCCCAGGGAACAUGACGCCCAAGUCAGUGUCGCUGCAGCCAGCCAGGUUUUCCACCCAAAGUGCAGUCCGCCUAGUGUUGCAGUCCACUUGGUGCAUGGAAGAAAUUGAACACAGUUUCUACUUCUCUUCCUGCAGAGCACCCUUUUCCAGAAGUCACCCGCACAGAGAUAGGGGGGCACCUCCCAUGCCACUAAAACUCCUCCACCAUCGAAGUGGCUACUUGCAGCCCAUUGUAAGUGGCUCAGCAUAUUCAGUAGACCACAGGGCGGGCCCUCUGCUGUGUCUUUCUUGAAAUCUUGAGGUCUUUCUAGAAAUCUAUCCAAAUUUCUUUUUUGCCACAUUGUUACAACAACUGAAAAAUGUGUGUUACCUUCAAAGAUGACAAUUUGACAUUAAUUAGGGAAUAAAAAGAGAGAUGGGUUAGGUGGUUUAAAAUGCAUCUCUUUUCUAAGAAAGCUGUAGUUUUCAAGUUUUAUCUCGUGUGUAUAAAUUCCCAGUUCAGCCUUUUGUCAUUUGGAUUAGCAUGAGAGGCAAAAUGUGAAAUUUCUCAAAUCAAAACGCUUUCCUCUCAAAAUUAGACAUUGGCCCGACCUCCCACCCACUCCAUGACAGAAGAGACAGCCAUCUGCCUACAUACUCUCUCGAAAUUGCUGAUAUAUCCCCACCCCCUCAAAGGCCCUCAAAGCCGUGUAAAACUUUUAAAACUUUAGCCUUUAUGUCAGAUUAGAGAAACCAAACAAUGUGACGGUAGAUGUGACGAAAACCUCUGAGUUUAUUUUUCUCCCGCUUAUGAACGUGUAUUUAUAUUUGCCGAAUGAAACUCGUGGUGUGUGCUUCGAUGAAUGGAAUUUCAGACUCUCCCUGUGCACAGCCAGUGGGCGAAGGUCACCUUAAACGACUUUUUCUUCUCAUUCGUCUGUUCAUCCCCAAACCGGUUGCUUUUUCCACUUGCUUCCCGGGUGUCUGUACAUAGUUCGUCUUUGUAUGGGAGCGCUCUCCCGUGUUCUAAUUUAACAGAUGACGGGCUGUAUGAGGAAGAACCAUGUAAAUAGAGUACAAAGUAAACUGGAUCUCUAUGGCCUAGGUUUUGUACAUACAGAAACUGCAUGGUAUUUAAAUUACUGUUUGUCUCUGAUGAUGUAUGCAGUUUCUUUAAAAACAAACCAAAAAAAAAAAGUCUAAAAAAAAAUCCUUGACUCCUGUGUGUUUUAUCAGCCACCAGCAGGAACCGCUGAGAAUA